CCACAUAAAUUAAAAUCUCGAAUGAUGGAAGAUAAAUUAUCUAUUUAGUAAUUGAAUUCGUUGUUGUAUACAGACGCUAGUGGAAAUGGAGUGCAAGAAAUGGAUACAGAGAGGAGUGAAUGUAAAAUAUGAAACGAGAAACAACAGAAACGGAUACAAAGCGGGUGCGCUUCGUGAAGGGUUAACGAAAGAUUAUGUGUUGGAUUGUGAGUUUGUGGUCAUAUUUGAUGCGGAUUUUCAACCGGACAAAGAUUUUCUUUGGAGAACUGUACCUUAUCUCCUUGAAAAUCCGGAACUUGCUUUAGUACAAGCACGAUGGAAAUUCGUAAAUGCUGAUGAAUGCAUAAUGACUCGGCUCCAAGAGAUGUCACUAGCCUAUCAUUUCACUGUUGAGCAAGAAGUCGGUUCUUCAACUUGUCAGUUUUUUGGGUUCAAUGGGACUGCUGGUGUUUGGCGUAUAAAAGCAAUUGAAGAUGCCGGUGGCUGGAAAGAUCGAACCACUGUAGAAGACAUGGAUCUUGCGGUUCGGGCCAGCCUAAAAGGGUGGAAAUUUGUCUUUGUUGGGGAUUUAGAUGUCAAAAACGAACUCCCAAGUACCUUCAAAGCUUAUCGAUAUCAACAGCAUCGAUGGUCGUGUGGUCCCGCUAAUCUGUUAAGAAAGAUGACAAAAGAAAUAAUCUUUUGUGAGAGGGUAUCCGUUUGGAAGAAGUUCCAUGUCAUCUACGCGUUCUUCUUAGUAAGGAAGAUAAUAGCACACUGGGUCACCUUUUUCUUUUACUGCGUAAUUAUCCCGAUAAGCAUCAUGGUUCCAGAAGUCCAUCUUCCAAAACCAAUAGCCAUAUAUAUUCCCGCAACGAUCACCCUUCUGAACUCAUCAUGCACCCUAAGGUCAAUGCAUCUUCUCGUACUAUGGAUCCUGUUCGAAAACGUCAUGUCGUUUCAUCGAUCCAAAGCGACAAUCAUUGGACUUCUAGGAGCAAACCGGGUCAACGAGUGGGUCGUGACCGAAAAACUCGGAAACGCCACAAAGCAAAAAAGCAAUGUCAGGCCACCAAAGAGAUCACGGCCACGCCUUUUCGAAAGGCUUCUUUUCUCGGAGCUGUUGAUGGGCUUGUUCCUGCUAUACGUAGCGUGCUACGACAUUAUCUUUGGGAAAGAUCACAUGUUUAUUUAUCUGUUACUGCAAGCGACUGCGUUCUUCGUUGUGGGAGUUGGGUACGUAGGCAUAACCGUCCCCAACUAACGAAGCGCGACGGUUGAUUAAGUUUUACAUAUUUGUGUCUAUCUAUCGGAAUACUAGUGUUUAUGUUUGUUAUAAAGUUAAAGGGGACUGUAAAAGUGCUGGAAUAAGUGUCUAUGGUUUAAAGAACACAAGAAAAGCGAGUGAAGAGCACGGAUACAGAUGGUGGUGUAAUUAGUUAUAUCGUUAGCGUGUAAUCCGAAUAAAGAUGUUUGUUAUCUAUGCUAGUU